ACCAAACCCCAAAAAAAAAUCAAAUCAAAAAGACAAAAAUGAAAAGAAAAAAAAAUCGAAAAGACAUGAUGGGGUAAAUACUGGUGCUGGAAUAAAGUAGAAUAGAUUUAGAAACAAAGGUUGUUACUUAUGGGUUUGUUGAAGGAUGCCAGUAGAAUUGUGAAGGGAGUGUCGUUAAUCGCCAAGGAAUUUGUUAAGGAUUCUCAAGCUUUCGAAGCCGCCAAGAAUGGCGAUCUCCAAAAUCUAAUCAAGAAAGCCGUUGUAUCCGCCACCGACCUAUCUGGUCUCACCAAGGGCAGGGUCCGCCACCUCCCUAACCCUACCUCCUCCUCCUCCUCCUCCUCCUCCAAACUCGAUUCUGUUGUUUACUUCGACACCACCUCUGACAAUUCUUCCUCAGACCCAACACAGCAUCAACAAAAACAAGAAGAAGUACCGUCGGUUAUUGACAGUGAUGGUAUUAGUAUUACUAAUGAUAAUGGCAAUGUAAGGGAAGCUUCUGUAGCGGAGGAUUUGGAUGUCGGAGAUGGGUUGGUCAAAGAAUGUGAGCCUCACAAGGAAGAUGCCAAAGUGGAAGUGGUGCCAUUCAAGAGGAGGAAACCCAGGGAAAGGAGAGUUCCUACCACCCCAUUUUCCAGAGCUCUUGGGUUUGCUGGUCUUGGAGCUGGUCUUGCCUGGGGAACGGUUCAGGAAUCAGCAAAGAGGCUUGUUUAUGGGACACCACCUUCGCAAGACAAGAAGAGUGCACUGUCUCCAUUCCUGUCUGAGAAAAAUGCAGAGCGUCUGGCCCUUGCGCUUUGCAGAAUGCGUGGAGCUGCACUUAAAAUUGGCCAGAUGUUGAGUAUACAGGAUGAAUCCCUUGUCCCUGCUCCGAUCUUGGCUGCUCUGGAUAUUGUCCGUCAAGGUGCAGAUGUGAUGCCAAGGAGCCAGCUUAAUCAAGUUUUGGAUGCAGAGUUAGGUCCUGACUGGUCAUCAAAAUUGAUUAGUUUUGAUUAUGAACCAAUCGCUGCUGCAAGCAUAGGCCAGGUGCAUGGGGCUGUCACAAAGGAUGGUAUGCAAGUGGCAAUGAAAAUUCAGUACCCUGGUGUUGCGAAUAGCAUUGACAGUGACAUAGAGAACGUGAGACUUCUUUUAGAUUAUACAAAUCUAAUUCCAAAAGGUCUUUAUCUUGACAGAGCUAUGAAGGUGGCUAAGGAAGAAUUAUCACGUGAAUGUGACUAUGAAUUGGAGGCGGCAAAUCAAAAACGGUUCCGUAAUCUGCUGUCAGGCACAGAGGGGUUUUAUGUUCCUUUGGUUGUGGACAAUCUUUCAAGGAAGAAAGUCUUAACUACGGAGCUUGUUUCUGGAAUUCCGAUUGAUAAAGUGGCAUUACUAGACCAGAAAACUCGUAAUUAUAUUGGGGAAAAGUUGCUGGAGCUUACUUUGAUGGAGUUGUUUGUGUUCCGUUUCAUGCAGACCGAUCCUAAUUGGAGUAAUUUCUUGUAUGAUGAGGCGACAAAAUUAAUCAAUCUCAUUGACUUUGGAGCAGCUCGAGAUUACCCUAAAUGUUUUGUUGAUGACUACUUAGGAAUGGUAAUUGCAUGUGCCAACAGUGAUGCAGAUGCAGUCAUCGAGAUGUCAAAAAGACUUGGGUUUCUCACAGGAAUGGAGUCGGACAUAAUGUUAGAUGCCCAUGUUCAAGCCGGUUUUAUUGUGGGAUUGCCUUUCGCAAAACCUGGUGGGUAUGACUUUCGUUCCACCAAUAUUACCCAGGGUGUCUCAAACCUUGGGGCGACAAUGCUUAAGCACAGGCUGACGCCACCACCCGAUGAAGUGUACAGUCUUCAUCGGAAACUUUCAGGCGCUUUCUUGGCUUGUGUCAAGCUUGGGGCUGUUGUACCAUGUAGGGAAGUAUUGCUUAAAAUUUAUGAGCAAUAUCAAUUUGGUGAAGAAGAUGGUGAGAUCUUGUCAAGUGGCCAAAGUUCUUCAUAGGCUUAUGAACAUUUUUUCUUCCCUUUAUAUUGUAUUAUUCAUUUAUAUGUAAUAAUUCUUGGAUGGACUUAUGCUUUGUGAGCAUCCCAAAAUAACGUUUUUGUUACUCCAAAAAAUGGAGGAGAGAGGUUGUAGAAGUUCACCCAUAGCGAUAUUUUUUUGCUAGAAUAAGAGCAAGACAGGUCAUUUUUAAAGUU